AAAACAAAACACUGCCUGUGUAAAACUUAGGUUAAGUUUCCAUUGGGGUUAAGUCACAAUUACAAAAAUCCCAAUUAUUAAAGAAAACCCCAAUUAUUAAAAUUUAAAUAAAAAAACAAAAAUAAGCCAUGAGUCUAUCGAGUGCAAUAUUUAAAAUACAACGCAUUAAAUCGUUCAUACAACCAGCCAGGUUGAUAUCGAUGAGUCCGAUUUGUGAAAAAAACCAGGCAGGUAGAUACAGAAUCACCCCAAGAAGAAAUUUACCAUUGACCUACGAAAUGGCCAAUCCGCCACAUCAGAUUGCCCACAGGAAGUCCUGGAACUCUUGGAACACAUCUAAUGUCGUUGGCGGAUUACGACCUUCAGAAACAGUAGUAGAAGACCAAUUCAUCAGGAAAUUUAUAGAGGGCACUUGGCACUCACUGUUCGCAAGCGAGGUUAUCAUUAAGAGGCAACACAAUAUCAUCAGGAUAGCGGGACUCAUUUAUAGAUCAGUACUACCAAGGAAAAUGUAUUUUUUAAUCGGUUAUACGGAGGAACUGUUAAGUUUUUGGUUACAAUGUCCCGUCAAGAUGGAGCUGCAAACCGUCGCCGAUAGGAAAGAUGUCGUUUUUAAGUAUAUUUAAGUUUGUUUUGUAGUGUAAUAUAGUUUGUUUUGGAAUAGUUGGUUAUUAUUAUUGCAAAAAAUAUAUCUAUUGCUUUACAGCCUUGCUUUUAUUUGUAACAAUUCAGUGUAUUGAACUAAAUAGGAACCAUGAUUUGUUGAAAGAAAAAGGUUCGAUGUUUGAAUGUUCAUGAGUAUUAUAAAAAUAUUAUUUAAUUGACUAAC